AUGACUUCACGCGCAAUGUCGAUGCCAGCCCGCCGUCUGGCCGCCAGCCUCUCCAGUCCCGCUAUGAUCCGUCGCAGCUUCCAGAGCUCAGCACCAUUGCUCGAGGUUCCCGCAGGAGCCAUGCCUGUCCGCAAACCUGUUGGAGCUUUCCGUGGAGGUAUCCUUGGAUUCCUCUCUGGUGCCGUCUUGAGCGGAGGAGCUCUCUACUACUACGUCAUUGACGAAUACCGCGUCUCCAACGAACUGUUGACCGAGGACAUCUACGCCCUUCAAUCCGCCGUCUCACGCAUAGAGACCUAUGUCAAGACGCUCGAAGGACAGGUCCGCAAGUAA